GCGCUCGCCGAAAACAAAGCGCCACCGCCGCACCACAAGGAGGAAAAAAAAAAGAAAGGAAAAAGGAAAAAAAAAUCCCCAAUCCAAAACACACUCCGCCCCUCCGAUCCCCCCCUCUCUCAAACCCUAGCUCCCCCCCUCCCCACCACCAAUCCCCCACGCGAUUCGCCGGAUGCGCCCGCCCGACGCGGCCUAGGCCCCUGCGGUUCACCGGCGGUGGUGGGGUGAGAGAGCGCGCGCCGGCGACCGGCGAAGAGGAGGGGGGGGGUCGAUGGAGCCGCGCGUGGGCAACAAGUACCGCCUCGGGCGGAAGCUCGGGAGCGGCUCGUUCGGGGAGAUCUACCUCGGUACUAACGUGCAGACCAACGAGGAGGUCGCGAUUAAGCUGGAGAAUGUGAAAACAAAGCAUCCACAAUUGCUGUACGAGUCAAAGCUGUACAGGAUACUUCAGGGUGGAACUGGGAUUCCAAAUGUCAAGUGGUUUGGUGUUGAGGGUGAUUACAAUGUUUUGGUUAUGGACUUAUUGGGCCCAAGCCUUGAGGAUCUCUUUAGCUUUUGCAACAGAAAAUUGUCUCUAAAAACUGUUCUAAUGCUUGCUGAUCAAAUGAUAAAUCGAGUUGAAUUUGUACACUCAAAGUCUUUCUUGCAUCGAGAUAUUAAGCCAGACAAUUUUCUCAUGGGCCUUGGAAAGAGGGCAAACCAGGUAUACAUGAUUGAUUUUGGACUGGCAAAGAAAUACCGGGACACUUCAACACACCAGCACAUUCCAUACAGAGAGAACAAAAAUUUGACUGGGACAGCUCGAUAUGCUAGUGUAAACACCCAUCUUGGAAUCGAACAAAGCAGAAGGGAUGACCUUGAAUCUCUUGGAUAUGUACUCAUGUACUUCUUAAGAGGAAGUCUUCCAUGGCAGGGUCUAAAAGCUGGGACCAAAAAACAGAAGUACGAGAAAAUUAGCGAACGGAAGAUUGCUACAUCAAUUGAGGCUCUCUGUCGCGGAUACCCUUGUGAGUUUCAAUCCUACUUCCAUUACUGCCGUUCACUACGUUUUGAAGAUUUGCCAGACUAUCAAUACCUGAAGAGAUUGUUCAGAGACCUUUUCAUUCGAGAGGGAUUUCAGUUUGAUUACGUUUUUGACUGGACCAUUCUUAAGUACCAGCAGUCACAGAUAACCAGUGUUCCACCACGUGCUAUUGCUGCAGCAGCAGGGCAAAGCUCUGGAAUGUCUCCAAUAGCAAAUAAUAAUAGGCUAUCAGCCACUGAAGAGGGAAGAAGAAGCGGGUGGUCAGAUGAUCCUACACGACGUCAGGUUCCACCUACAGGAAUAAAUGCUGGCAGCUUAUCAAAACAGAAGUCCCCGGUUAGGCCAGACAUGUCCACUUCAAAAGAUGCUUUGUUCUCUAGUUCGACAAUGUUGGGUCGGUCAAGCGGAUCCUUAAGGCGACCUGUUGUUUCUAGUAGCCGAGAACUGCAAAGCAGCGAAGCUGAACCAUCACGUAGCCGCACACCAGAUGCAAGUCCUGGGACAUUCCAAAGAAGUGCUCCUCCACGUAGGAGCUCACAGAUGCUCGACUAUUCUGACCCCAGGCAUUCGUCAUCUGGCAGGCAUGCAGCUAACAAGAACUAUGAGUCCACUAUAAGAGGCAUCCAAGGCCUAAAUUUUGAUGCCAACGAUAGGAUCCACUACUAAUAUUGUUGGGAUCUUAUGCGUAAUCGUUUGAUCUCUUGGGUAUAAAAGGGGAAGUGAGGAGAUAUUUUCGACUUGCUCCCCCUAUCCUGAGAUGGAUGAGAAUGCUGGAGUGUUAUGGCAGCCUGCUGACCCGAAGUACUGGAGGCUGGCUGGCUAAAUAAAGGGUCGGCCUGGUACUCCAGCGGCUAUGACCUUAAACAACGUUUUAAGCCCCCUGUACAUGCUCUUGUUUGCUCCUAUUGUGCUCUUAGAUGCUGUGUGUUAGUCUUUUUUUAGAUGUCAUAUCCUGUAUCAAGGUUGUCAAGAUAUUUGCCCUCUGGGUCACGCGUCGUGUGUGCAUUUCGAUGCAAUUGCUGUCUGAGAAAGUGUGGAAAUUGUAAGUAACUUAAAGUGAUUAUUUAUUGACGUGUUUGUGUAGUGUUGCGUUUUAGUUUGUGCUCUGUUAUUUUGGCCGCAGAGCAAUGCAUUGUCUAGUGUGGAGUGUUGCAUUAGUUUA